AUGUGUGUCAAUUAUCUUUACAGGCAUGAAAGAAGUAAUGGUGGAGAGGAACCCUAUGAAAAUAAUCGAUGUGCUAAAGCAUUUGCAUAUCACAAUAGUCUCCAAAAAUGUAGUAUAACAUUUACUGGAAAGAGACCCUAUGAAUCUAAUCACAGUCAACUCCAAGUACAUAAAAGAACAUGUAGUGGAGAGAAAUCCUAUGAAUGUAAUCAAUGUGGUAAAGACUUUGCAUGUUCCAAGAGUCUCCGAAUUCAUCAAAGAACACACACUGGAGAGAAGCCAUAUGAAUGUAACCAAUGUGGUAAAGACUUUUCAUGCUAUAGUAAGCUUCAAAUACAUGAAAGAACACAUACUGGUGAGAAACCCUAUGAAUGUAACCAAUGUGGUAAAGCCUUUGGAUAUUUCAGGAGUCUCCGAAUUCAUCAAAGAACACACACUGGAGAGAAGCCAUAUGAAUGUAACCAAUGUGGUAAAGCCUUUGCAUAUCACAAUUCUCUCCAACUACAUAAAAUAACACAUACUGGUGAGAAACCUUAUGAAUGUAAGCAAUGUGGUAAAGCCUUUUCAUACAGCAGUCAUCUUGAAAGGCAUAAAAGAAUUCAUACUGGAGAGAAACCCUAUGAAUGUAAGCAAUGUGGUAAAGCCUUUCCAUAUCAUAGUAGUCUCCAAAAACAUAAUAGAACACAUACUGGAGAGAAACCUUAUGAAUGUAACCAAUGUGGUAAAGCUUUUGCAUUUUCCACUAAUCUUCGAAUACAUAAAAGAACACACACUGGAGAGAAACCCUAUGGGUGUAAUGAAUGUGGUAAAGUCUUUGUAAUUAAGAGUAGUCUCCUAGAACAUAAAAGAACACAUACUGGUGAGAAACCUUAUGAAUGUAACCAAUGUGGUAAAACCUAUGUGUGUUCCAAGAAUCUCCGAAUACAUGAAAAAACACAUAAUGGAGCAAAAUCCUAUGAAUGUAACCAAUGUGGUAAAGAUUUUGCAUGCUAUAGUAAUCUUCAAAUACAUGAAAGAACACAUACUGGUGAGAAACCCUAUGAAUGUAACCAAUGUGGUAAAGCUUUUGCAUUUUCCACUAAUCUUCGAAUACAUAAAAGAACACACACUGGAGAGAAACCCUAUGAAUGUAACCAAUGUGGUAAAGCUUUUGCAUGUUCCACUAAUCUUCGAAUACAUAAAAGAACACACACUGGAGAGAAACCCUAUGAAUGUAACCAAUGUGGUAAAGCUUUUGCAUAUUCCACUAAUCUUCGAAUACAUAAAAGAACACACACUGGAGAAAAACCUUAUGAAUGUAAGCUAUGUAGUAAAACCUUUGUAAGUCAUGACAGUCUCCAAAAACAUAAUAGAACACACAAUGGAGAGAAACCCUAUGAAUGUAACCAAUGUGGUAAAGCCUAUGCAUAUCAUAGUAGUCUCCAAGUACAUAAAAGAACACACACUGAAGAGAAACCCUAUGAAUGUAAGCAAUGUGGUAAAGUCUUUGCAUGUCAUGAUACUCUACAAAUACAUAAAAGAACACAUAGUGGCAAGAAAACCUAUGGAUGUAAGCAAUGCAGUAAAACCUUUGUAAGUCAGAACCAUUUUCUAGAAGAUAAAAGAACAUAUAGUGGAGAUAAACCCUAUGUUUGUAAUCAUGUGGUAAAGACUUCAUAAGCCAGACUUGUCUCCUAGAACAUACAAGAAUACAUAUUGGAGAGAAAACUUAUGAAUGUAACCAAUGUGGUAAAGCCUUUGCCUUUCUUUAUCAUCUUUAAAAGCAUAAAAGAAUUCAUACUAGAAAA